CUGCGCGGCGCCGCCAGUGCGCUCGUGCCGCCCGCGCCCGACACGGCGGGCGUCGAGUACGACUCGGACAUCUCCACGUCCGGCGACGAGGCGCACGACUCGGCCGCCCUGCGUGCCGGCGUGCAGCCGGGCGUCAAUGGCGGCGCAUCCGUGCCCGGUGCCGGCGGUGCGCCUGCGCCCAGCCGGCGCGACCGCGACAGCAACAGUCCCGACGAGCUCGACGACGGGCCCGACGUUGGCGAGGAGAUGGAGGCGCGCUGCGGCUGGGAGGACUGCGGCGAGACGUUCCACAGCCUCGUGCCGUUUGUCGAGCACCUGCAUGACGUGCACAUCGGCAUCCACAAGUCACGCUACUCAUGCGAGUGGGUCGGCUGCUCGCGCCGCGGCAAGAACCAGACGAGCCGCUUCGCGCUGCUGUCGCACCUUCGCUCGCACACUGGCGAGAAGCCCUUCGUGUGCCCCAAGGCAGAGUGCGACAAGUCCUUCACUCGCUCCGAUGCGCUGGCGAAGCACAUGCGCGUGCAGCACUCGAUGCAGGCGCCGUCGAUGCGAGGCCGUGCCGUCGCCGCUGCGGCAGCCGGCGCCAAGCAUGAGGAUGGAGACGACGACAUGGGCGACACGAGCAUGGCAGGCGCUGCAGGCGGUACGAACGACAUCGCAGACGAGCUGCUCGACCUCGCAGAGGGCGACGGCGGCAGCGACUCGGACGCGCCGCCGGCCAACUACGAGACGCAGUUCGGCCGGGCGGGCCCGCGCUUCUCAGACGCGGAGCUCGGCAUUCAGCGCGAGGCGCUUGAUCCGUCAGCGCUGGUCGGCGAGGACGAGGAGGCAUGGGAGGCGGACAUGGCGCCGGUGCUCGAGUCCGCGCGGCGGGCGUGGACACGACGAGCGCGCGACCGGUGGGACGAGGCGCAUCUGGGCAACGGACAUCAAGCGGCGUCGCCCGACGCCCCGCCGCCACUCGGCCCCGCACCCGGCGACGUAGAGUCAGAGGAGGACGUGUCGGGCCGACGACGUGGCACCCGCAAUGCUGGCCGGCGAUCGAGUCCCAAUGGCAGCUCGGCGACGGCCAGUGCACGUGCGCGGCGCAUCUACCUCAUCGAGAAGGCCAAGCUGCGCAUGGCGCGCUCCGAGCACGAGCGCCUGCGCGAGCUCGUGCGCAGCCUGGCCGCCGAGGCGCGGCGCCUCGAGAGCGACAAGCGUGUGCAGCUCGAGCUGGCGUUGACCAAGGAGCUGGGGCCGGACAUCAAGGCGAUCUUCUCGCCGCCGCCGUCGCCGCAGCGCUAGAGACACUAUUUCCGCCGCAUGUAGUCUCAUUGGCUCGCCAGGCAGGGCGAGGGUAUACCAUAGCAUUUGAACACCAGGGCAGCAGUAGCGUCGAACGACGACAUGCGCGCGGCAAAGCAGACGGACAGCGGUCGCCACGACGGGCGAUCGGCGGGGCGUAAGGGAGGCUCUUUCGUGUAGCGGAAGGCAGAGGAACGGGGAAAGGACGGUGGUGAGAGUGAGGCGGGCACGCGCAUCGCGUACGCCGGCGGCG